AUGGUCCUGCUGUCGCUGCUCAAGCUCCUUAACGUCUUCCUGCGCCAGUCCGCCCUCGCCAAGCCUGCCGCCGCCCGCUGCUGCUGCCGCCGCCCGGCCACCCUCAUGCCACGCCCGCCCGGCCCGCCACUGCCCUGCCGCCGCGGCUGGGAGGUGAAAGGUCACCCGCCAUGUCCGCCCAGCAAGGAGAGAGAGGUGCUGUCGCUGGGCGCCGACGUGCUGCCGGAGUACAAGCUGCAGGCGCCGCGCAUCCACAAGUGGACGGUUCUGCACUACAGCCCCUUCAAGGCGGUGUGGGACUGGCUCAUCCUGCUGCUGGUCAUCUACACCGCCAUCCUCACGCCCUACUCCGCCGCAUUCCUGCUCAGCGACCAGGAGGAGGCGGCCAUGCAGAGCUGCGGAUACUCCUGCUCCCCGCUCAACGUGGUCGACCUCAUCGUGGACAUCAUGUUCAUCAUCGACAUCCUCAUCAACUUCAGGACGACCUACGUCAACUCCAACGACGAGGUGGUGAGCCACCCCGUGCGCAUCGCCGUGCACUACUUCAAGGGCUGGUUCCUCAUCGACAUGGUGGCCGCCAUCCCCUUCGACCUGCUGAUCUACCGCAACGGAGAGGAGACCACCACGCUGAUCGGCCUGCUGAAGACGGCCCGCCUGCUGCGUCUGGUCCGGGUGGCCCGGAAGCUGGACCGCUACUCGGAGUACGGCGCCGCCGUGCUCUUCCUGCUCAUGUGCACCUUCGCCCUGAUCGCCCACUGGCUGGCCUGCAUCUGGUACGCCAUCGGGAACGUGGAGCGGAACGGCUCCAUCGGCUGGCUUCACACUCUGGGGGACCAGCUGGGGAAACACUACAACGACUCUGUCCAAGGCUCAGGACCCUCCAUCAAGGAUAAGUACGUGACGGCGCUGUACUUCACCUUCAGCAGCCUGACCAGCGUGGGCUUCGGCAACGUUUCCCCCAACACCAACUCGGAGAAGAUCUUCUCCAUCUGCGUCAUGCUCAUAGGCUCCCUGAUGUACGCCAGCAUCUUCGGCAACGUGUCGGCCAUCAUCCAGCGGCUGUACUCCGGCACGGCGCGCUACCACACCCAGAUGCUGCGGGUCCGAGAGUUCAUCCGCUUCCACCAGAUCCCCAACCCGCUGCGCCAGAGGCUGGAGGAGUACUUCCAGCACGCCUGGUCCUACACCAACGGCAUCGACAUGAACGCCGUCCUGAAGGGCUUCCCCGAGUGUCUGCAGGCGGACAUCUGCCUCCACCUGAACCGCACGCUGCUGCAGAACUGCAAGGCCUUCAAAGGCUCCACCAAGGGCUGCCUGCGGGCGCUGGCCAUGAAGUUCAAGACCACCCACGCCCCGCCCGGCGACACGCUGGUGCACGCCGGCGACGUGCUCACCGCCGUCUACUUCAUCUCUCGCGGCUCCAUCGAGAUCCUGCGGGGCGACGUGGUGGUCGCCAUCCUGGGGAAGAACGACAUCUUCGGAGAACCCAUCAACCUGUACGCCCGGCCGGGGAAGUCCAACGCCGACGUGCGCGCGCUCACCUACUGCGACCUGCACAAGAUCCUGAGGGAGGACGUUCUGGAGGUUCUCGACAUGUACCCCGAGUUCGCAGACCACUUCUGGAGCAACCUGGAGAUCACCUUCAACCUGAGAGACACCAACAUGAUCCCCGGUUCUCCGAGCAGCGACGACUCCACCGGCGGAGGAUUCAACAAGCUCCGCAGGCGCAAGUUAUCCUUCAGGAGGCGCACUGAGAAAGACGACGCCGACGCCGGAGAAAUCAAGAAGUCCCAGAAGUCCGUGCGGCGGCGGCAGCGUGAGAAGCAGGACGGGGGGUCCAGGAAGCGCUGGGGGGCCCGGCGCAGCUCGGUGUCUUCGCACUCCAGCGGAGACGAGGGGGACGGCCCCGCGGUGACCGGCCUGGCCCCCCCGCCGGUCCCGCACGAUGGCCCACCGGCCCAGGCCUCGGCCGGGAGCCUCAGCGAGAACACCGAGGGCGAGUCAGACCCCAAGACUGGCAACACCUGCAACGCCCUGUCAGGCGCCUUCUCCGGAGUCUCCAACAUCUUCAGCUUCUGGGGCGAGAGGGGGGCGGGGCAGUACCGGGAGGUGCCCCGCUGCAGCCCGGCGUCGCCGCCGGCCCUCGGCACGCCGCUGCACGGCCUGAGCCGCCAGCAGCGCGGACAGCUGGACGCCCGCCUGGACCUGCUGCAGAAGCAGCUCAACAGGCUGGAGAGCCGCAUGUCCACCGACAUCGGGGUGAUCAUGCAGCUGCUGCAGCGGCAGAUGGCGCUGGUUCCUCCGGCCUACAGCGCCGUGUCCCCGCCGCCUCAGGUCUCACCGUACCCCGGCCCAGGUCCGGGUCCAGGUCCAGGUCCGGGUCCAGGGGACAAAGCGGCUCCACCCGGUCCUCCUCUGGACUCAGACAGUCUGGUGUCUCUGUCACAGAUCUUGGCCUCACAGGACCUGGACUCCCAGGACCCCCCUCUGGGGGCCCCCAGGCAGGUUGAGCUGGGCCCCUCUGGAGUGGACUGCCUGGGCCAGCACCUGGACCUGGACCUGGACCUGGAUCUGGGGCUGGGGUCCGGGACCGGGGUCCUCCCCGGGGCGGCUGCGGGUUCAGGUCCAGGUUUAGAGUUGGGGGGCGGGGCCGGGGUGCUGAGUUUAGGUUUAGGCUUUGGUUCGGGGUUGAGCUUAGGGGGCGGGGCCGGGCCGACCGCUGCCGCCGCCGCACCAGGGGAAUCGAACCCGGACUCUGACGCCCAGAGGCGGCUGUCGCUCCAAGAAGCACAGACGCCUCUGGACUCACGGACACCGCAGAGACACCGGUCCGACCCGGGAGGCAGCUAAGACCAGGUGGAGCCCGGAGGAGAGGAGAGGGAGGCGAGGCAGAGCUGCUCCCCUCCGCCCGGCCGCUGGACCCCCACCCAACCGCUGGACCCCCGCCCCGCUGCCGGACCCCGCCCAGCUGUCGAACCUCCGACGAGCUGCCGGACCCCCGCCCGGCCGCCGGACCCCCGCCCAGCCGCUGGACUUCCACCCGUCCCUUAUCCUCGCCGUCUGGGUGGAGGUCUGCGGCGCUACGACCUUUAACCAAAACCGCGGGGGCUCUGCCUCCCCCACCCACCUCCACCUGCCUCUCUACUCGAACUCCUGCUGACUUGCAGACGAAUCCCUUUACUGCUGUUUCGGUGUUGGACGACUGACGGGACGGGGACGGGUAGCGGAGACAACACUGAGCAGAGCCAUGAACCAGUAGCCAUGUCCGUCUUGCACUGAACUGAUUCUGACUGUCCUCUUCGUCCGCGGCGCUUCCGAUAAACUCAGACUGGCUGGAGGUGGAGUUAGCUGGCCUAACAGGCGUCCUGCCGUCCUCCGUCUUUCAUUGGUUCCUUCCCUUUGUCCCCGGCCGACGCCCCGCCCCUCGGGAGGCGGAGCUCCUCACCCUCACAAGAGCAC